UGUGGGGGGGGGGUAACUAACCCAACACAAUGCCUGAUUAAAGCCCGUGCAGCUCCUCGGGGCGCACAGCGGGGCAGACUGCACGCACAAAAGCGCCGCGCGCUCAUUGGCCGCGUCCAUGUGCGCCCUGUUGUCCCCCCAGCGCGAGCAGCUCGGCCUCCAUUCACAUGUUAAUAAGGCCCUAUAAAUACCAACAGCCACUCAGCGCCGGCAGCACGACUCUAUAGGCCUCGCCUCGUUCAUGGUUCCAAACCCCGCGCGCCGCUCGGGCUGCAGACCACUCCGUGGGUGAACGCCCCACCAUGGCCCCGUCGGUUCGGCCCGGCAGCAGCGACGUGUGCGCGGAGGAUGACGAGACCUGCGGGGUCCAGAGAGCAGACAGGAAGAUCAGGAAACCUCUGGUGGAGAAGAAGAGGCGAGCGCGCAUCAACGAGAGUCUGCAGGAGCUGCGGACUCUGCUGGCAGACGCAGACUUUAACUCGAAGAUGGAGAACGCAGAGGUUCUGGAGAUGACGGUGAAGAAGGUGGAGGACGUCCUGAAGAGCCGCAGCCAAGAGAAAGACUCCCUGAACCGUGAGGCCAGCGAGAGGUUUGCGGCCGGCUACAUCCAGUGCAUGCACGAGGUCCACAUGUUCGUGUCCAGCUGUCCGGGAAUAGACGCGGCGGUGGCAGCCGAGCUCCUCAACCACCUGCUGGAGUGCAUGCCGCUGAACGAGGACCACCUGCAGGACGUGCUGAUGGACCUGAUCACAGACAGCAACAGCAGCACUUGGACCGGCGGCGGGGAGGCGCUGUCCGCCACGCUGGCCUCUCCGGGGGGAAGCAGCCUCUCCAGCUGCGAGGUCUCGGCGCUCUCCCCGGCCACGUCCGCCCCGUCCAGCGAGGACUCGUGCUCUGACCUGGACGAGGUGGACAGCGAGCACCACCACAGCUCGACGGAGGUCGCCGGGGCUCUGAGCACGCCCGCCAUGGCCUUCCCUCACUUCAUGUGGAGACCUUGGUAGCACAGAGUGGUGGAUUCAGAGCAGCUGGAAUAUUGAGUUUCUGUGUGUGACUUCAACAAACGCAGAAGCUUCUGGUCUCUGCUCGUGGAGAUAAACAAUUCAAGUUGACAUCAGAAAACUCAUGGAAGUGUUGUGGAUUUCUUAUAAGGAGCAGCUUUCUUUUAUCUCCCUGUUGGGGCCCCUCCAGUCAGGGACCCCCCCAUCCUGACACUUCCCUUCACACCUGCUGGAAACAAGCCUUCCCUUUCAAGCCUGGAAACUCAACAAUAGAUGGUGUUUGUGUGGAGCCAGAGGACAGAAAAGCUCUUUUUUAGAAGCAGAAUUUGUCUUUGCAAUACUUCUUUUAAUAUAAAUAUUUUAAUGGUAUUUGGUAGUUUAUUGAUAAACUAGAAACUCUACAUUGUAAUGCUUAUAGAAGUGAUCAUUUUGAAGCUGGUCAAAUAAAAUAUGCAUCUGGAUGGCUUUUGUCUCCUCAUAAAACACAUUAACCCUUUGAUUACCCGAAAAGAAAAUAGAAAAUAAACAGAAAAAUAGAUUUUCUUCUGCUGCUUAUUUCCUUGGUACGGAGUCCCUAAAGGGACAUCAAAGUAAAAGAAAUAAAAAACUUUUUUUUCUAAAAAUACUUAGAGGCUCUGUUAAAAAAAAAGUUCUGGUUACUAACUAGAACUUGCUUUUCUAAAAAUUAAAUUACUACAGAACCACAAUUUAUAACCGGCACCCACCAGAUAGUAACUGUUUUUUUUAAAAUGGAAUUCAUAAAAAAAUGUUCUGGUUUCUAAUUUACAGCAGUUACGACCUGGUGUGCAUUUGUUACUAACCAGAUUUUUUUAUUUCAAUAUUUGGAAAAAAAACCAAAACCUUCAAUUAAUUUUGUUCUUCAAUUUCUGUUUAGGGAGGGGCUCUGUACCUUGGGGAAUAAAACACACAGUCAAUAUUUUUAAAUAUAUGCCUUCUAAAUGUUUCCGAGCGUUUGGUUGAGCAGGCAGUUAAAGGGUUAAAGACAGUGAACUGUUUGUGUUUAGAAAGCAUCUAAAAGGUAUUCUCUCAGAUUAAAACAAGUUUGAUAAGUGGCCAAGAAAGGCCCUUUUUGCCUAUAAGCGACCAGCUGAGUGUUUUAUUUGUUGUUAUGUUUGGAGGUGCAGCCCUACAUUCGUUCAGACAUUGUAAGGGAAGUUCCUGUGUAGCAAAAGCUGAAGUAUGUCUCUCCCCUCAAGUGUCCUCCUUCUCACCUGCAGCUCAGCUCUUCACAGACUCCUGUUACAUCCUGGCCGGACCAGCCGUCCACCUCUUUCUUUUCUUCUCCAAUGUCACUCGCACUCAAUGACCCCAAAGGUUUCAUCAUAAAAAAAUAAAUAAAUAAA